AUACUUUGAACCAUAGAAAAGAAAAAGGAAAAAAGACGAAUGUGUUAAAAUCUAGACGAACGGUGAAACAGGGUAGAAGAGAAUUUGAUUUAUGAAACUACACUAGUUCCAAAGUAUAUUCUCCUGCUACAUCAUCAGUCAUCCCCCAGUGUUGAGUUGUUUUUAACUUUACGCCACACCCCCAGUUACAACUUAUACACACACAUCUAAACCAAAUAUCUGAAUCUAAAUCCUGGGUUGAAUACAAUGGAGAGCUCCACGGAGAAGGUAGUCGCUGUCAUCAUGGUGGGUGGACCCACCAAAGGAACUCGAUUUAGGCCUCUGUCAUUCAACACCCCCAAACCCCUUUUCCCUCUUGCUGGUCAGCCUAUGGUUCACCACCCUAUUUCUGCUUGCAAAAGGAUUCCCAAUUUGGCACAAAUUUUUCUGGUGGGAUUUUACGAGGAAAGGGAGUUCAGUCUUUAUGUUUCCUCAAUCUCUAACGAGCUUAGAGUCCCUGUCAGAUACUUGAAAGAAGACAAGCCACAUGGUUCUGCUGGUGCUCUUUACUACUUCAGAGACUAUAUUUUGGAAGAUAACCCGUCACAUAUUUUUUUGCUGAACUGUGAUGUUUGUUGCAAUUUUCCACUUCCGGACAUGCUUGAGGCUCACCGAAGGUAUGGUGGAACGGGAACAUUAUUAGUAAUCAAGGUUUCUGCUGAAUCAGCUAACCAAUUUGGUGAGUUGGUUGCUGACCCAGUCACCAAAGAGUUGUUACAUUACACCGAGAAGCCCGAGACUUUUGUAAGUGAUUUAAUAAACUGCGGGGUUUACAUCUUCAGCCCAGAAAUAUUUAGUGCAAUCCAAGAUGUUUCCAAACACCGGGAAGACAAAGCUAAUUUGCGGCGUGUGUCGAGCUUUGAGGCCCUCCAGUUGGCUGCAAGAAACCUUCCUCAAGAUUUUGUUCGAUUGGAUCAAGAUAUCCUCUCACCUCUUGCGGGAAAGAAACAAUUGUAUACUUACGAGAACAUGGAUUUUUGGGAACAGAUAAAGACGCCAGGAAUUUCUCUCAAGUGUUCUGCUCUAUAUCUUGCCCAAUAUCGGAUUACCACUCCUCAUCUGUUGGCCAGUGGAGAUGGCUCUAAGAGUGCUAGGAUUAUUGGUGAUGUUUAUAUUCACCCAUCAGCAAAAGUACAUCCAACUGCAAAGAUAGGUCCAGAUGUUUCAAUAUCAGCAAAUGUCCGGGUAGCUGCUGGUGUACGACUAAUAAAUUGUAUUAUCUUGGAUGACGUUGAAAUCAAGGAUAAUGCUGUUGUUAUGCAUUCAAUCGUUGGGUGGAAAUCAUCUCUUGGGAAAUGGUCACGCGUACAGGCUGAAGGAGACUGCAAUGCGAAGCUUGGAGUUACCAUCCUUGGCGAAGCCGUGACUGUUGAAGAUGAAAUUGUCAUCAUCAACAGUAUUGUUCUACCAAACAAAACCCUUAACGUAAGUGUUCAGGAGGAGAUCAUUCUAUAAGCUAUGAUACUGAUCAAGCCCUAGUUGAUGCAAUCAUGUACAACUUCUAUCGUAUCUGGCCGCCUUUACUUCUCAAUCAAAUUUUGUUAUACUGGUUUGUCCCCCCAAGUAGAUAAACGAAAUAGAUAGGAAAAGCAAAAGAGCAGCUUCCUGCAGCAAGGACUUUUCUGUAUUCCCUCCUUUUUGUUAUUUUCCCCAGCUAAGUUUCUGUAUUCACUCUUCCUUUUUCUGAUUAGACAAGUUAUAGUUCAAUGUGAAGUACAAUAAACUUGUGAAGCAUGAAAAUUAUAUAGUGUUCUUUUGUCA